CGUGCGGCUCCCCUCCACGCGGGGUGGCGGGGCCGCGUGUCCUUCGCAUCCUCCGUUUUCUAAUAAAUGUUUAUUUGCCCUCUUCGUUCACUUCGUGUUGCUGUUGAUAUAACUAUCAUGUCAGCUCGUUAGCACCGUCGCAAUGACACCGCUCGCUCCCGGAGGCGCCAGGAAGAAGAACGACAGACGGCAACAGUUCAGCAGCGAGGAGCCGGUGAUACAUUUUCCCCCUCCAAGCUCUGCAGUCCUCUCUAUACGUGAAAGUGUAAUUGGCCAAUUAAUGAAUAUUUUACACGGAGGGAGGAAACCGCAGCACCCGGAGAGAAGCGAGGGGUUACGGCUCCUGGACGCCUACCCACGGGAAGGAGCUUCACGGCGUCUGUGAUCCACCAAACCUCGCGGCUGCCCCCCCCACCUGCAGCGCCGGAACACGGCCAGGAGUCGCAACGUCAGCAGCUGAAGCUUCUUCAUCCUCGGCAGCUGAAGCUUCUUCAUCCUCGGCAGCUGAAGCUUCUUCAUCCUCGGCAGCUGAAGCUUCUUCAUCCUCGGCAGCUGAAGCUUCUUCAUCCUCGGCAGCUGAACCUUCUUCAUGCUCGGCAGCUGAACCUUCUUCAUCCUCGGCAGCCGCCUCGUAUCGCGAAGCCCUCGCCUGCCGCUCGCCACGCGGGCAACGAGAUCCGCGCCACAGCAGCAGCGAGCAAGACACGCUCGAAGUGAAACAACAUAGCACGCGAUAUAUCGCGACAUAUCGCACGAUUUUGAAGUCAGUCUCAUUCGAUUGCUGGACAAGAUCACAAACGGCUCCCGCAUCGACAUCAACGAGACAGGCACGAUGUUGCGCUUUCAUCCCGGGUUGCUGUGGGGUGGCCCCGUGGAGCACGAGUGUCCGGCCUCACGCAGCGUCGGCUACUUCCUGGAGGCGCUGCUUUGCCUUGCGCCGUUUUGCAAGACGCCACUGAGAGCCUCGCUAGCGGGCGCGACCAGUGGCACGCACGACCCCUCCGUGGAUGUGAUCAAGGCCACGGCGCUGCCUCUGCUCCGCCGGUUCGGGAUUGGGGAGGUCGGACUGGAUCUGCAGGUGCUGCGGAGGGGCAUGGCCCCGGGAGGGGGGGGGUUGGUCCUGUUCUGCUGCCCUGUGCGGCGCCACCUCAAGCCCCUGCAGCUCACGCAGCCGGGGAAGAUCAAGCGCAUCCGCGGAGUGGCCUUCGGCACGCGGGUGUCUCCCCAAGUGUCCAACCGCCUGGUGGAGGCGGCACGCGGAGUCCUCAACCGCUUCCUACCCGACAUCUACAUCCACACGGACCACCGCAAGGGGGCGCAGGCGGGGAGGUCGCCGGGGUUCGGGAUCUCGCUCGUCGCCGAAACCACGGAGGGGUGUUUCCUGAGUGCGGAGUCAACCUCAACUCCGGGGGGCGAAGGCCCCCCCAGUAUCCCGGAGGACCUGGGCAGGGACUGCGCCCGGCUGCUGCUGGAGGAGAUCUACAGGGGCGGGUGUGUGGACUCGACCAAUCAGAGUCUGGCGCUCCUAUUCAUGGCCCUGGGCCAGCAGGACGUGUCAAAGCUCCUUCUGGGCCCCCUCUCUCCACACACAGUUGGGUUCCUCCGCCACCUGCGGGACUACUUCUCCGUCACGUUCAAGCUGGAGCCGCGCACGGCCGAGGAGGGAGACAAGAAGGGAGGCGACAAGGUCCUGCUCACGUGUGUCGGCAUCGGCUUCUCCAACCUCAGCAAGACGGUCUCUUAAAGAGCCUGAGCUGGCCUGAGCCAACCUGCACCACAACUCUGUUGACUGUCAGAUUCAAUUCUCCAGGGCGGCCGGUUGGCAGCGCAGUGGUGAUGUGCCUCACGGCAAGAAAGCACGCCUGGGUUUUAGAAUCGGAAUAUUUAUUAAUAGGAAUCCAAUGAGCUAUAAAGCUCUUUUUCGCAAUGUCCAGUAAGGGCAAGUCAGAACGUUACAACAACAAACAGAACAGAAACACGAUAGGAGUGCAAAGUAUUAGAAAGGUAAGCAAAAUCACAAAAAUCUACAAAACUGAACCAUUUUUAUUUUACCAGGUAAGUCCUACUGAGCUUUUAGCUUUUCAAAAGUGAUAACUCAACGAAGUGACUUAUGUGAGAACAUAUAGCAGCCAAAUAAUCUAAAUCUAAAUGCGUGUUUAUAAAUGUGGAUGGAAAAACCAGAGGACCCAGAGAAAAAAUCCACGUGACCACGGUGAGAGAGAGACACGCAAACUCCAAAUAUACAGCAGCAGACAUCAGGGUGGGGAUCGGACCCCCAACCUUCAUACCAGACAAGGAAGAUAACAUCAUGCCACCGUGGUGCCCCUUAAAUAAAAAAAUUAAGUAUAUAAGUUCAAAUUACAUAAGUACAUCAGUUUCCAAGCUUGGGAAAGGCUGCAAAACGGAAAAAGGAGUCCCAGACCACACCAAGACAGCACGCAGCCCCUCAAUACAAUUUUACAUUCAAAUGUAACUAUCAAUACGUGGCUAAUGAUCAAAGUUACAAAUCACAUUGGCAAAUAUGGCUGUAUCCAGCACUAAUCUUUUGCUUCAGAAUGUUUUAAAGAUUUCUGAUGUGAAGGGAGCAAACAAGGUUGUUCCAAAAUGUUGGUGCUGCAACGGCAAAGGCUUUUUCACGUAUUCCAAUUCUUAUUCUUGGGAUAGAUAAAAGGCAACUAGAUGGACGUCUUGGAUUUGACAAUGGGGUGAAUGAAUUAGCUAAGCAGAACACAGAUUUGCCAAUUAGAAUUUUAUUGGAUUAACAGGGUCCAACGUAGAUUUAUUUUUGCACCAAGUGAUGUUGAGAUUGAGUACAGAUCACAAUGGUGUGUUCUGUAUGGUACAUCCAGUGCAAAUCGAAAGAGCAGAAUGAUGAAGUGGGUUUAGUCUGUUUCGUCAUUCAUUAGCUGAUCUGUACGCAGCGUCAGCAGUCAAAACUCCACACCUUUCUGUAUGGAGUUUGUUUGUUCUCCCCGUUCUGUGUGGGUUUCCUCCCAAAGCUAAAUUUUUUUACUGGCAUUGGCCAAACAUCCCAAUGCUAAAAAAUACUUGAAAAUUACUUUAUUGGGAUCACACACAACAGCAGCAUUACCAAUUUAUGGCCAAAAUUUGGCAGCAGCUUCCUGAAAAAAAAUGAUCUUGAGACUCGGUGAAUCGAAAUCUAUCUCGUGCUCCCAACAUGCGCAUCCAGCCGCGUGAAUGUGCGAGGGGUGCUGUCAGACUUGUCAAGGUUGCGCAUGAUGUGUUUACGCGUUUUUCUUACACCCAAAAGCCACACUGGUAGCGUCGAACUUCAGCAUCGUUGAUGCAACUUGAGCAACACUGGGCCAGUUUUGACAUUCGGUGUCUCCAUCAGCAGCCAAGCUUGCUUGAACCAUUGGUUUAAUAAAAGCAAAUAUCUGGACUGGUUUCGAUGUUUAGUGUCCCGUCAACAGGUCAGGCUCGUGUGAAACAAUUAUGGUGAACUGCCAGAAGUUUAUAGGCAAAGACCCUCUCUGUGGUGUAUGGGUGCUAGUCUGACACAAAGCGCAACUGCAUAAUUAUGUAAUGCAUAACAAGAUAAUGUCGGCGUCGCUGUGGAGAAGAUAAAUAACGCCAUGGGCAGAGGGGAGACGCCGCCCCCUCAUCUGCGCGGUCUUCGGCGCGAGGGUCCAGCAGUAGUUGGGGUGCUGUGCUGCGCCUUCGACUCGCCGAGCGAGCGUUGUAAUAAAGCUGUUUGCUUUCUUA